AUGGCUUGGUCUGACAAGGGAAAGAUGGAGUCGGAAGGCCCCAUCAUGCAGGUCCAGCCUCAGGAUCCUGUCAACCAGUACGAUGUCGACUAUGAGAAGCACGGUGCUAGUCGCGAGUCCAACCCAUUGCCCGAUCUGAAGCGCAAGCUGAAGAGUCGUCACUUGCAGAUGAUUGCCAUCGGUGGUACUAUCGGAACUGGUCUCUUCAUCGGUAGCGGUACGGCCGUCGCCAAUGCAGGCCCCGUCGGCGCCUUGAUUGCGUAUAUCUUCGUCGGCACCAUCGUCUACUCGGUCAUGACCGCGCUGGGUGAAAUCGCAACCUAUAUCCCCAUCCCCGGAGCCUUUACCGCGUACGCUGCUCGCCUGAUCGACCCCAGUUUGGGUUUCUCCAUGGGUUGGAUCUACUGGUUCUCGUGGGCAUCGACAUUUGCGCUGGAGCUCACGGCCACUGGUCUGAUUAUUCAAUUCUGGGACGAAACGAUUCCGAUUGCGAUUUUUAUCGCCGUCUUCUGGGUCCUGAUUAUCAUUUUCAAUAUGAUGCCCGUCGGUUUCUAUGGUGAAAUGGAGUUUUGGUUCUCUAGCAUCAAGGUUCUGACCGUGGUUGGCUUCAUGAUCUUCGCUAUCUGCAUGAACGCCGGCGUGGGUAAGGAGGGUUAUAUUGGAUUCCGGUACUGGGUGCACCCCGGUCCCUUCGUUCCUUACCUGAUUAAGGGCGACGAUUCUCUCGCUAAGUUUGUCGGCUUCUGGUCUUGCCUGAUUCAAGCAGGUUUCUCCUACCAGGGUACGGAGCUGGUCGGUAUCGCCGCCGGUGAGACCGAGAACCCGCGCAAGACUGUCCCUUCCGCUAUCCGCAAGACGUUCUUCCGUAUCGUCUUCUUCUUUAUCCUGACCAUCUUCUUCAUCGGUAUCGUGGUCCCCUCGGACGACCCCGGCCUCGUGGAGAGCCAGGCCGGCGGUGCCAGCGCCAGUAACGCCAAUGCUUCGCCAUUCGUGGUUGCUGCCCGCCGUGCGGGUGUUAAUGUCCUCCCGGAUAUUAUCAAUGCCGUUCUCCUGACCGUGGUGCUCUCGGCUGCCAACUCGAACGUGUACAGCGGUAGCCGUAUCAUCGUCGGUCUGGCCCAGGAAGGCUUUGCGCCUCGCUUCAUGAAGCGCACCACCAAGGGCGGUGUCCCAUACUACGCUGUCGGUUUCACCGCUCUGUUCGGUCUGCUCGGCUUCCUCAACGUGUCGAACUCGGGCUCGACCGUUUUCACCUGGUUGCUUCAGAUCUCCGGUGUCGCCGGUUUCAUCACCUGGGCCUCUCUGAACGGCUGCCACCUGGCCUUCCAGCGGGCGCUCAAGGCGCGCAACAUUUCGCGCGAUGUCCUGCCGUACAAGGCGAUCAUGCAGCCGUGGUUCUCGUGGUACGGCCUGUUCUUCAACUGCCUGAUCAUUCUCACCCAGGGCUUCACCUCGUUCAUUGGCGGCUUCGACGUCCAGAGUUUCUUCAUCAACUACCUGAGUCUGAUUCUCUUCGUUGUGCUGUACUGCGGCCACAAGUUGAUCUUCCGCCCGGCCUUUGUCAAGCCCAUCGAGGCCGACUUGGACACGGGCCGAACAUCGGCCGAUAGCGAGAACUGGGAGACGGUUGAGCCGACUACCUGGUACGGCAAGGUGUGGUACUGGAUCUGUGGUUGA